AAACAAGUGGGUGGUUCGUGUCCGUGUAUUUCUCAGAAGUCAACCGCAUGUCAACACUUAUUUUGGGGAUCUUUCUUUCCGAGGACCCGUUCUAUUGUUAGUUAGCUUGUGCAAUUUUAGGUUCAAAUGUAAAGAAUACGCAGCGUGUACAAGUUCAUGAUGGACAUUCUGGAGAAACCACCAGCAGGACAUGUGCUGGAUGAUACACAACCAUUGUCCUGUAUUAUCGAAGCAGCUCAAACCGUACAAGGACACACUGACUAUGUGAUCAAAGUUCAAAGAGGACCAAUUCCGGAGAAUUGCUGGCGUGUCACACGCCGCUACAGUGACUUCGCUAGCCUUAAUGCUACCCUACAAACAUACAGCAUUGACCUUUCUCUGCCAUCGAAAAAGGUGUUUGGCAACCUGGACCGGGAGUUUGUAGCUGAGCGACAGCAGGGUCUACAGUCAUACUUGGAUGCACUCGCUGGCCAUCUGAUGGUGUCGUCCAACAUUCUUGUGAAGAAGUUCCUAGAUCCAGAAAGCUAUGCAAUAAACUACCAAGAGAGCGCAUUGCAGCAUGUGUCCAUGUUCUUUCGUUCAGAACCAAAGUGGGAGAUGUCAGAAGUUCAGCAGGAUAUAGGCUGGAGAAUCAAAAAACAGUAUUUCAUGGUAAAACAUGUAGAUAGACCAAAACACAGACAACUACUGACCUGGGCAAGUUUAGGACCUGACAACUUUCUCUCUACAAAAGAUCUGGAUUCGAUAAUGCGACUUUUGCCCUCUUUGAAACAUCCAUUUAUUCUCCCGAUCACAUUCGCGAUGGCAAAUGAAAAUGGAGGCCUAGCCAUUAGGACCUACAUUUCUGAGGGAACUCUACGUGACCGUGUAUACAAGACAAGACCCAGGCAACCAUACCUGAAGAAGUAUGGAAAGCCAAAGAGUGUUACUCCGUUGCCACAGAACGAAAUUAAGACCUUUGGGAGACAGAUCUUAGAAGCACUAAAGUUCCUCCAUGACAAAGGUCUACCCUAUGGGCAUUUGCAUGCGGGAAACGUAAUAAUAGAUAAUGGAUCCUGCAAGCUACUGGAUGUGGAGAAUCACUUGCUAGGCCUGCCUGGCUUCUACCGAUCUUACAUCACUCUGCUGAAACGUGCCUCGAGCACUGAAGCCAUUGAUGUGUAUUGUUUUGGGCACGUGCUGUAUGAGAUGGCUGUGGGCACGCCACUCGCUUCAGCUACCUGUGAUAGCCUACCAAGCUGCUGCUCCCCUCAAGUUCGGUCGGUACUGGAGAUGGUGCUGACCUCUGAAGCACUGCGGACCGGUCUUCCCGAUGUUGCUACUCUCAUCGCCCAGCCUUUGUUCAGCGAUGUGCCGGUAUCAUACUUGGAGAAGCCGCAGAUGAAGGUUUCCUCGCGGCUCAGAGAAGCCAUUCAGAAAUCAAAGGAAGCCAUGGAGACACGGUUAAAAGAAGAGAAGAAAGCGAUAACGCAGCAUAAACGGAUUUCCAAGGCACAAGCAAAACACAUGUCAGAAGAAGAAAAGAAAAAACGAAAGAAGAAAGCACUGUCUGCAGCAAGGAUUGCACAGAACUCGAGUUCAGAGCAGGUGAAUGGCGGAGUGAGUGGUGACAGCUCCAGCAGCCGGUCCACGACUCCACAGAUGGCAGGUACACUCAGCCCCACACCGCAGGUUUUGACACCCCCUCUGCCUCCCCCACCGCCUGGAACCCUACCCGCUCCCAUCUCCCAGCCCUCCCAGCCCAGUGCCAUCCCUGUCAGCUCACCAACCCUGCCUUCCAGCGACCGUGGCGCCCUCUUAGGAUCUAUACAAGGCUUUAGUAAAUCUGCACUGAAAAAGGCAGAGACAGAGGACAAGAGUGCUCCGCGGAUGUAGAGGUGUUGGUGCGUCGCGUGUGGCGCAGUACCAGCCAUACGACUCUCUGUGUGGUUAGAUACCUUAAACAGACAGUAAGCGAAGGUAGAGAUCUGACCAGGCAAUCAUGUUCGUCAUUAUGGAUGACGUCAUCAUCUCUUUAUAGCGAGUGAGAGUGCGAACAAAGUAAAAUCUUUCGGUUGCAAGGACCAUCAGUGUCGUUAGCAAAACCUAGAUUUCGCUGAGUGAUUGUUGGUUUUAUUACAAGUUUGGACGUAGUACUUGCGAAUAUAAUUAUAGAGUCCAAUGGUUUCUGAAUUACCGAUCGCACAAGUUUUUAAUCGUUUGUUUAUUACCCUAUAACCACCGUUUUAUUGUUAUAAGAAGUUUAACUUGUAAUUACCAAUAUUUAGGAGUGUUGAACAGCAAAUGUGUGAAACGUUUAAUGUAUGUUGUGAAAAUUCCAAGAGCUUUGUUGUGAGUCUGAGAGUCAGAGAGUAGAGGAUCUACUCGAGUAUUGUUGGUUGUUAAUUAAUAGCUGAGAUAUUUUGAUUAUAUGUUGUAAGUAAGAAAGAGUUUCCGUAACAUUGUUACUUAUUACAGCAGGCGCGUAUCUGUAAUCGCCUUGUAGACAUGGAAAAGUAGACUGUUUUGAAGCUGGCUUUAAGCGGUUCUGACUGCGCAUGCGUAUAGAGGGGUUAUUGCAAACUAUGGUAACCACGUAGGCGGGAUGUCUCUGCUAUUGGAUAACUGAACUAUUAUCUGCAGUUGUGCUCGGCACACGAGAGAAAAACAUAGUUUAUUUUUUAUCUGUGCAAAAAAAACGAAUAAAACAAACGCGAUGUGGGCAGGCGUGUGUUGCAUAUGCAAGGCGUGCAUAAACGCGUGCGGCUUCACGCUGAACGCCCUAUCGUGUUUGUUACACUGUGACUGCGUCUAGUGUAUGUUGAAUCUAUGAUCGCUAGCGGUAGCUCUUGCGCACUACUUAAUAACUAUGUUUGUCAUGUUGCUAGAAGUUAGGUUAAGUGUUGUUACCGCAUUUCGCGGCUUAUAGGAAGCUUUUUUUCCUAGAAAAUGUCUCGAAAAUCUUCCUGCCAUCCUUUAAGCAGGUCGGUGUGUAGCAGGCAGGAUUAAUGCUAAGAUGUUUAGCUAAGGUACGGUAUAUUAUACACCUCCGCGGAAUAGCCACAGUAGAUAUUGCACAGUGCUGACAGUGCGGGGGGCUUAUUAAAAUACAGCGAAUAUGGGGGGAUACUAUCAAGAGCGUAUUAAGAAGAAGCUUCUUAAUACGCUCUUGAUAAUAUAAUAUAUUAUAUGGAAUAUAGAAUAUAAUAGUAUUAAUGCACUUAUGUCGAAUACAAGAGUGCGCCCUUAAUUAUGUUGAGCACAGACCUGGUAGUAGGCAGGGCUAUUAUGUAGUCAAGCCUUUUCCUCGUAUUAUUAUUAACUUCUAAAUUUAAGCGCGGUCUAUCGCAGCGUCUUGUAAGCUCAGAAAUAGGUUACUGCCGACGCUUCCGCAUGCUACCACAUUAUCACUAUACUGCCCCGUGAUAUAUUAGCCUUUCCGCCUGAUUUUAUUGAGCGUCAUACACAGUUGGACACCGGUAGACGCCUUUACAUACCACGGGGAGACGUGAAGUGUCAUAUCUUAUACACUGCAGCUGGUGAGCCGUGCGUAGCGGCCGCUAGCCCAAGAAUAUAACGUGUAUGUAUAUAUUGCUCUCAGCCGCCUAGUACUGCCAUGACAGAUAUAUUACCAUGAACAUAUAUAUCUAUAUAUUUAUUCGCGCGCCGAUAGUCAGUAUAGCAUAGGAACAAUAUCGCUCCAGUCUGUUUGUCUGUCCGCUUUCUCUCAUCCGUUUCCCGCUCAAACGGCGGCCAGCAGACGCAAGGCAUCUUUUCUUUGCUGCUUCGUUUCCAACGA